AUGACAGAUGCACGAGCCCGGCGGAAUUUUAAUCCUCCUAGUGCGCCCCAUAUGGGAGGAGUUUGGGAGCGGCUAGUGCGGUCAGUAAAAGCGGCGCUGACCGUACUAAAUGAUGGUAGAAGGUUAACAGAUGAAGUGCUGCUGACAACGUUGGCCGAGGCAGAAGAUCUAAUAAAUUCUCGUCCGCUGACGUACGCCGGUUUGGGACCGGAAGCAAGUGAAGCUCUGACUCCAAAUCACUUUGUGAAGGGCCCUGAGAUAGCUACGGACAAGAUUUCGCCAACAGCGGAUGCGGAAGCAUUGCGGGAUAUUUACAAACGAUCGCAAGCUUUGGCGGAUAAGCUGUGGAAGCGAUGGCUAGCAGAGUACGUUCCUUCGAUCAAUCAAAGAUCCAAGUGGUAUGCCGAUACUCCACCAAUCUGCACCGGAGAUCUAGUGUACAUAGCGGAUGAUGGAGCUAGGAAGAGUUGGACACGUGGCGUAAUAAUUGAAGUGUAUCCUGGAGCGGACGGGCGAGUGCGACAAGCGCUGGUGAAAACAUCGAGAGGCAAUUUCCGGCGGCCGGUGGCGAAGUUGGCGGUGCUUGAAAUCCAGCAUCGUAACUCUGGUGCUACAGAGGGAAGCCCACCAGAAUUACGGGGAGGGGGUAUGUACGCACCACCGAGCAUCGAAAACCCCUGCGCUAAAUAAUUAGUAGCAAGCUACACUGGUGGGUGAAAGCGAGGAGUAGGCAAAAGUUUGGUAGAUGCAUAUGUACGGUAUAAAUGUAAAUAAAAACAAAACAGAUGUGUGAAAGGGAGAAAAUUGAAAGAUAUUACGUUUGAUUUGAGUGAUUGGAUGAGACUGCAAAAUUAAGGAAAGUGAAUUAAGAAACGGAGAAGAUUUAUAAGAUCGGUUGAGUAUUUACGGUAGGAGAAUUGAAUUUAAGUGGUUUCGAAUACAAUACAUAAUCACGAAGAAACCCUAUAGCAACGAAACCUGUAAAUAGAUCAGAAGAGGAGAAACUAUAGAAUUUUCAAGCUGCUGUAACCCUAAACACUGCUGUGG